AUGGUACGAAGACGUGAUCUCCCUGUCGUUGAGGAAGGCGAAGCACCUCAUAAUGAAAACAAUGAAAUACCACCUCCACCUCCACCUCCACCUUCGCCUCCAGCAUUCCAUGAUGGUGUACACCCAACAUUAGUCCAAUUUAUGGGAGAUAUUACUAGGCAAUUCACGGAAGCAAUUUCACGGAUGUCUCAACCUGUUGCACCAGUCGAGCGUAUCGGUUGCUCGAUGCGUGACUUUACUGAUCAGCAGUUUCGUACUUUCAAUGGAACUCAAGGACAUACAGUAGCUGAAGCUUGGAUUUCAGAUAUCCAACUGCUGCACGACACACUCAAGUGUACAAAUGAGGAAAAGUUGACAUACACCGUAUUAAGGCUAACUGGUGAAGCCCUUAAGUGGUGGAAGUCUCAGGUAGAGCUGAUAGGACCUGGUGUUGUUAUCACGUGGGAAAGGUUUGUUGAGGAAUUCAACAGGCAAUAUUUCCCAAGGUCACAAAAGCAGUUAAGAGCUAUUGAAUUUCAGAACUUGGUGCAAGGUACUAUGUCAGUGGAACAAUACUCAAUUAAAUUCACUGAGUUAGCCAGGUUUGGUAUUAAUCUUAUUCCUGACGAAGUAUCAAAGACAGAACGUUUUGAAAAUGGUCUUAACUCUCGUAUCAAGGAAAGAGUUGUCUGCCAUGAGAUCAAGAACUAUGCUCGAUUAGUAAACGUAGCAUCCCUUGCUGAGAGGGCAAUUCGUGAGACAUCUGCAGCUUACGAACAUAGGAAACGGUCAAUGCCUCAGGCAUCCUAUCCAUCUAAACGAUUUGUUGUAGGGACUGGCUCCAAACCAGUGGAUCACCAGAAUUUUUCUCCUCCAGUAGGAAGUCAGAAGGUUGCUUGUCCCAAAUGUGGAAGAAUGCAUUUUGGAGAUUGCAGGAGCGAAAGUACCGGCUGUUUUCGAUGUGGUCAAAAGGGGCAUUUUAAGAAGGAUUGUCCGAUGAAUACUACGGGGGAAGCUGGAGCACAAAGGAAUGACUUCCAACAAAGAAGGCCUGCUCAAGCGAGAGUAUAUACGUUGACCUCCGUAGAUGACGAUGAGAAUGAUGAAGCGAACAAUGAUAUAGUGACAGGUACCAUUUCUCUAUUUGGUACUCUUGCGUGUACUCUCUUUGAUUCUAGAGCUACACAUUCAUUCAUUUCUGCAUUAUACACUAAGAUUUGUCAUAUAAGUACACGACCAUUUGGGCAAGAUUGGUCGGUACAAACACCAGGACGAGAAAGGAUAAAUGAAUUACUAUCAUCAUUGAGGGAUGAGCAUAAGCAUAGUCAUGUAGAAUUAAAAUAA